UACUUCAUAUCAUUAUAACGUUCGCUGUUGUUCCACCCAAACACCAGAGUGCUAAAAACUUUUUACAAAAUGAAUAAUGUGUUAUACCAGCUGGGUUUCAAAAACUUUGCGACAAUCGGCAUUAGAAGUUUCUCCGUUUCUAAGACUAAUAAUAAAACUUAUUCGUGCAAAUUAUUAGUGCUCGGAGGAGGAUCGGGUGGCUGCACUAUUGCCGCUAAAUUUUCAAGGAACUCGAAAGUUCACUCGUUGAUUAUUCUGGAACCCAGUUGUCAUCACUAUUAUCAACCACUAUGGACAUUGGUAGGCGCAGGAGUGAAAAAAAUUGAAGCUACGCGGAGAAACAUGAAAAGCGUUUUACCAUCCGGACCCCUCUGGUUGAAAGACUCUGCAGUCUCUAUAGACCCGGUCAACUGCAAGGUGACUACGGCACUAGACGACAUUAUCAAUUAUGAAUAUCUCGUCGUUGCUGUUGGCUUGAAGAAUGAUUAUGAAAAGAUUCCAGGCUUACUUCACGCAUUAGAAAACUCAAACGUGUCUCAAGUGUCAACGAUAUACGACUCAAAAUACGCAGAGAAUACGUUCACCCUAUUCCAGAAAUUCAAGGGUGGCGAAGCUGUGUUCACCUACCCCGAUUCGACAAUCAAAUGCCCUGGAGCCCCACAAAAGAUAGCCUAUUUAGCGGAUUCUUAUUUUACUAAGAAAGGAGUGCGUUCAAAGGCAAAUAUCACAUACAAUACAGCGCUGCCGGUGAUAUUUGGCGUGAAGAAGUACGCUGACGCGUUACUCAAAGUGGUUGAACGCAAGCGCAUCAACGUUGGAUAUCGAUCGGUGUUGAGAGAAGUGAGGGGACCAAACCAUGAAGCCGUUUUCGAUGUUUUUUCCGGCAACGACCCUAACCCUAAGAGUUUGAUGAUGAAGUACGAUAUGCUCCACGUGACACCGCACAUGUCGCCUCCUUCGUUCCUGAAAGCAAACUCCGAGCUGGUGGACUCGACUGGGUACCUCGACGUGGACAAAAGCACCCUCCAACACACUCGCCAUCCUAACAUAUUUGGCAUAGGAGACUGCACCAAUACACCUAAUAGCAAGACUGCUGCGGCCAUCGCGAAGCAAUGCUACGUGCUCGAGAAGAACCUGACGAACUAUAUGGAGCACCUGCCUUUAACCGCUCAAUACGAUGGCUACGGCGCGUGUCCACUCGUUACCUCAUACAGGACAUGCAUUGUAGCCGAAUUCCUGUACGGGGGGAUAGUCCGUGAAACCUUGCCAAAAUACAGUAAUUGCAGGUGUAAGCUGCUCAUUGUGGGCGGCGGCACGGGCGGUUGCAGUGUUGCUUGGCGGUUUGCCAAUAAGGUACCUCCCAAGGAAAUCAUUUAUCACUACUAUCAACCGAUGUUCACUCUAGUAGCGGCCGGCAUAAAAAACCCCGACAAUGUCUACCGUCCCUUGAAAUCAGUGCUACCGAACGAUGUCGUAUGGUUAAAAGACCAUGCCGAAGAGUUUGAUCCAGGAAACUGCAUGGUGUACACACGGUGCGGAGACAAAAUUUGCUAUGAAUAUUUAGUCAUAGCUGUCGGUAUGGUAAAUGAGUACGACCAAAUAACAGGUCUGAAAGAAGCUUUAGACCACCCUAACAGCGGUGUAACGACGAUAUACUCAAAGGACUAUAUUUGGAAGACCUGGUGCUGUAUCAAGUGUCACCAAGGGGGCCAUGCGGUGUUUACUUACCCCUGCUCGGGAGGAAAGUGUGCCGGCGCCGCUCAGAAGAUUAUGUACCUCGCUGACGACUAUUGGAGACGGCACAAGAUUCGGCAUGCAUCGAGCAUAACAUACAAUACUGGUCGCACAGUAUUAUUCGGGGUGCCCAAGUAUGGGACAGCUCUGCGCAAAGUGGCCUGCGAUCGAAACAUUGCUAUCAAUUACAAUGCAGAACUUGUAGAAGUGAAGCCCCAACACGCGAUUUUCUGUAUCGGCACUGAAAAGGACGGCUACCAGUUCGUAAACAUCCCAUACAAUCUACUCCACGUAACACCGCCUAUGUGUCCGCCGGAGUGUCUACGGAACUGCUCGGCCCUGGUCAACGGGACAGGGUUUCUUGACGUCGACAAACAUACGCUACAACAUGUGCGGUACAACAACGUGUACGGUCUUGGUGAUUGUACCACCACGCCUAAUAGCAAAACUGCCUCUGCUAUUGGUCCACAAAGUUACGUUGUAGAGCAGAACCUUUGGCAAACUAUGAACGGGUGUAAACCAAAAGCUGCGUACAACGGAUACGGUUCAUGUCCCGUACUGACAUCUUACAGGAAAGGCAUACUCACUGAGUUCACGUAUGACAAAAAACUGGCUGAGACCUUUCCUUUCGACCAGAGCAAAGAGCGCCGGUUUUUCUAUUACUUGAAGAACUAUUUGUUUCCAUACGUGUAUUGGAACAAACUCAUCAAAGGCAAAUGGAACGGACCUCACAAAAUCCGUUCUUUACUUAAUCCAUUCAAUAAAGUCACAGGCAAUAAAUAGAAUUUAAAUUUGAAACAAAACUAUAUAGUGUGGUGUUUUGACAUACACAUAUGCACACAAACACAUAGGUAAAUAAGGGUUGUUUAAAACCGCUCCACAAGCUUGGCAGGACGUAAAUUCGAC